AUGAUAAAAGUAAGUUUAAGGAUCAAGUGUCGGCACAUUGUCGAGAAGUUCCAGUUUCAAACACCAGUCUCUAGGUUUCGCAACUUCUCAGGAAGCCUCUGCAAUUAAUUGUCUUCUGCACAUAUCAUUGCUUAAACGUAACUUCGAUUUGUUAUUUGGAAUGAAGGAUAGGGGAUUUUUUAAUGGCGGGCAAACACAGAAAGGGCAUGCUCAUCUUGUGCCGAAAGCAAAUGAUUUUAAGCAAUCUCAGAAACACAAACAUCUGGGUGGAAAGGGCCUAUCCUUGCCCGCGUUUGCCAAUGCCAAGUCCAAGACGGCCUACAAUCCAGCUGAAUUGAAGAAGCAAAGAGAGUACUACAAAAAUGCAAAAAAUGUGAAGAAGUAUAGGAAGCUACUGAAACAUUUAGGGGAAGGGGGCCAUAGUAAUCAGGAUCAGAUAGAUACAAGUGCUUGUGAGUUGAAUCAAGAAACUGAAUCAGAGCAAAAACAGAAAAGCAUCGAGCAUCAUUCUGACCUGGACAAUGUGAACAAUAAUAGACAAGCUCUUUCAAGUGUCAAUCAAAAAGUUAAGAAGGCCAAGAAUGACUAUUAUCAGAAGAAUAAGGGCAAAAACUAUUAUAAUCACAAGGAAAAGGGUAAAAAUAAUUAUUCUGACAAGAGCAAGAACACACUCCAGAAAUUAAGGGAAGACUAUGAGAUGCAGAAGCAAGAGGAAGAAGUGUUGAGAAAGGAAAGAGAAGCUGCUAUUGCUCUAAAGCGUGAAGCUCAAGAAAAAGCUGAAUCCAAACGAAGAGACUUGAAAAUGAAAAUGUGCAAGAAGACAAGGUCUGGUCAACCUAUUAUGAAAUUCAGAAUGGAUCAUCUCUUGGAUAGAAUUCAAAAUUCUAACUAGUAGAUUGACAUUGCUCCAAAUCUUUUCUGGAGAGAUAUAGAAACACUAACGGGGUGGCUAUCUUUGUUUGCCGCUUAAGGUGUUUAAAGGCAAUUGUUUGUAACUUACUCUAUUCAAUGAGAGCUGCUUUUUUUUCAUUGAUAUCAGUUUGACAUUUUAUUUCAUACAUGACACUAUGCCUGACCAGGCUUGUAGAAUCAGAGGGGUUCUAUGUAAAGUACAAAAUAUUGUAAUGUAGCUACUUAAGAAGUACAAUUAUGCAAACAGUUGCAAGUUUUCAUUGAUAA